GUGCCUUGCAAUUUUGCCAGACUGCAAACAACAUUUAUCGCAAAAAUUACUUUUAAAUGGCUAGACGUUUGAUAUGUUUUUCACCGUGCAAAAGUGAGAGAAGAUUACAAACAAGUCAAUUCUCUCAGAAGCUUUCAAGAUUGGAUCACAUCCACAAAUCCGUCAUGUAAGAUAUACUCAACUGACAUUUUGCCAUGGCAGGUUUUGUCAAUGUGGAAGAAGCAAGAAAUAUUCUCGAAUACUUCAGCUGAAAGGCGAAUGCUGUGCAUCCUGUAUGGUAAGUAACGGAAUACAAUUAAAACGUGGCUUAAAUUUCGGAAUACAAUCAAAACGUGGCUUGAAUUUAAGAAUCUUAAGCUUAAAAAUGUAUCACGCAUUUGUUGUAAACUGCCUGACAGUACUGCUCUUCUUUAUACAUAGCCAGUACUUUAUAAACAACAUAUCUUCUGGGAUGUAAAUGAGCUGCAAAGCGGCUAUAGAAGAGAAUUUUGAAUUUUGAUCCAAAGUAGAGUUCGUCCCAUGUGAGGUAUUAAAAUUAAUUCAAGACAGUCUACUGGACUCCUGUUUCCCAGUAGCUCCCAGUGGUACUUGGAUUUCGGAUUCCCAGUGCUACUUGGCUUUUGGAUUCCCAGUGCUACUUGGAUUCCAGAUUCCCAGUUGUAUGUGGAUUCCACAUUGUAAUCAUUUGCGGGAUUUCAGAUUCCUUGAACUUAAUUCCAGAUUUCAAAGCUCAGGAUUCCAGAUUCCUCUAGAAAAAAUUUCCCAGAUUUUUAAAUCCACACAAAAAAAACCUUCCUGGAUUCCAGAACCUGGAUUCCCUCACAUGCUAGCUAGCACUUGUUACUCUCGAUCUAUCGCCCCAUAUGGGGCAAUAGAGUAACAAGUGCUAGCUAGCACCAGUGCCAACUUCAACACAAAUCAAUACUUCUUUAUGAGUCAUCUAUUUCCUUCUCUUUUACUUUAAGCUAUCUGGAGUGAAACAUACUAGAUCAGGAAUACCUAUUCCUUUGGAUCCUUCAGGAUGCGAAAUGUGUCUUUUGUUUGUUAAAUAUGGAAGGUGUCGCUUUAAGAGCAAAUGUAAAAGAUCUCACUGGACACCCCCUUUACCAGGUGCUUAAUAUAUAUAUAUACUAGUACUAACCAAAAGUUAAGCAGUGCAUUGUGCAUGGUCUCAUGAUGACCAUUCUGAUGAUCAGGGUGGCAAAGGGGUUUUCCUUGAUGCAUGAUGGGACCUACAUUAUCAGCAUGAUGCGUGAUCGAGCCUAAAUUAGCCUCAUGAUGCGUGAUUCACUAUUUUCAGAACACGUGACUUGUGAUUUUCCUUUGAAAUUUCCAUGAUGGUUGAUAUCAUUAAUUUAAAAGCAGAGACAUUAAAAAUUAAUAUAUAGUUAUGAAACCAACUUCUUGCCCUUUUUUCUCAUUCAUCGUCCUGUAAUUUCUUCAGAUCACAUGAUAAUAGGAUACUUGUUAAUGUAGUUGAUAGAUAUAUUUUCUUUUUCGAGAUGCAUGAUAGCUUAAAAUAAUCGACGUGAUGCAUGAAAGGUACUCCCCGCCCCCCUUUGCCACCCUGGGUGACUUACAGUUUUUGGACACACAACUGCAAAGAUAGUUGGUUGGUCAACUAAAUUUGCCCCAUGUCCAACAAAAUCUCAAUAAAAUGUGGCUGGACAUCAUGUCCUGACAAAGUUGGAAACAUAGACUAUCAUUUUGCAGAUUAAUAAUAAAAACUUUAGCUUGAAAAAAUGAGAAUAUUGCCAAUGAAACCAAUGAUAUAAAAUACACUGUUGCAGUGAAAACAUAGAGGUUAUUACCUUGCACAAUUUUCAUUUAAGAUGUCCAAUGCAUCCUUGAUUCAGUCUGACCCACAAAAUUAAUUGUGUUGUUUGACUGAAGACCCUCACUGGUGCCUUUGCACGCUCUUUAUGCAGGAAGUCUCAUAACUUAAACAAUUGUGAACAGUUUUUGAAGAAAUCUCUGAGUGACAAAUAGCCAAACACAUGUCCUUUCAAGAAAGAGAAAUUAUUUGCAGUUCUGGUAAAAAAAAAGUGGAAGCAUUAACUGGAAGUCUGGAAUUUUUUUGUAGAUGAAGAGUAUGCCAAACCACCACCCCUGCCACCGUACCCACCGCCAUCAGCUUCUAUUGGCAACAGUGCAUCAGGAAGAGAACUUUUAAGUCAUAAUAUUUACAUGAAAGAUGAACUAAGACAUCACUUACCUGUCUUGGAAUCAAUCCAUAACCAGCAUAGAUCUACUGCUUUUGCUGAAAUGACUUGUGGACAGACCAGUGUACAAAAUGUGGCUUGUGUAUACAAGACUUUGCCUGUAAACCAAGAGAAUGUAUACCAAACACAGGAGGUGUCUCCAUUUUCAAUGAGCCAACAAAAUCCUGGAGUUGUUUUGGAAUAUGGAUAUGGUGCAAACAGACAAGUGACAAUGGUACCAGUAGUUUCAUGCAUUAAUGGUGUUGAUAUGACCUUAGGAAAGGAAACUCAAGGUGUGCAGUCAAAAGACAAUGAUAAAGGGUCUGCUAGUGAUUCCAAGUCGGUGGCAGAACCAACAGAUACACUUAUCAAUAAAAUAGCAGAAGUUCUUUGCAAAAGAAAGUGCAGAUUUGAUUUUGUGUAUAAUCCAGAGUCACAAGCAAGAGGUUGGUACACUUCACAUAAUAAAUAACUGAAAAUAAUUAUUUAUUUGUCCACCCUCGACCUAGCCUACAAAGCAGGCAUAUUUUGCAGCGCAAACAAUGAUUCUAAGGGAGAGGUUGACGGGUCAACUCCUCGCGUCUCCUCCUUUCCCACCCCCUCUCUAGUUUUUCAAUAAUUGCUUUCAUGUUGGUGGCCACAAUCAAUGUACUUCUGUGUUGCGCUUUCAUCAUAAAAGCCUACUCUGUAGGCUACAUGUACCCUGGACCCUUUCUCUGAGUGUACAGCUGUAGCCUGGGAGGAGGCUUAUAACCCUAGGGUGGGGUGUGUGUGUGCCUAAGAAAGGGAAAAGAGUGAAAGCUUGCAUCUUUUCACUCACAUCUCAGCCUGAGCUUUCUGUUAUGUAGACUGCUGGCAGUCCACAAGGACUAAUGCUAAAUUUAUUGUUUACAGGACACAUCUCUUACGUGUAUGAUGUUAAAUUUUUUGUUUGCAGCAGAAGGCUGGACGUAUAAGAGCAGCGUUGAUCAAAGUUACCAGCAGUAUGGAGCUUACUAUGAUCAUGUUAAAAAGAAGCUGGAAUUUCAAAACCAACCAAAGAGCAAGGUAAAGGUUAGAAUUAACUCAUAAUCAUCAUCAUCAUCAUCCUCAUGUCCGGACUCGUGCCAUACACCUCAUCUCUUCUGGCAAUGGUGGGUUGACUUCUUCGAUAACACUGGAAAUUAGUGAACAAACGUCAAUUUUGGACUAUCAAUUUUACUUGAUCACCACUACAUUCUCAGUAGCUGCUUAUCAGGAAUGAAUAUUCAAGGUAGAAAUGGAUACAAAGCUUUAAUACAAGAAAAUGGGAGAAAACAAUCGGGGUCUAGCUUCAGUAGAAACUUUCCGGAGUAAGGCAUAGUUUACCAAAUCAAGCGCAUCUCGUCAAGUGUCCCAAAUCAUUUUCACACAUUUUUUUAUGAGUAUAGCUAGGCAUUCGUCUGUCUUAUCCUUACCACCAUGUUUUUCCAGAAGCAGUAAUGGCUUUUGCGUAUGGCAAAACAAUGCAUUUUUUUAUAUGAAAAAAGUGGAGAUACGUAGGGAGUUUCGUUUCGGCGACUUACGACGCUGUUAUCAUAAAAUGGGUAAAUGAAAGCAAGUUCAAAAGGAGUUCAGGUUCUGCAAAUUUACAUGAAGGAAGCUAAGCUAGACAAAGAUGUUGUUUACUCAUCUUUGACAUGUCAGGUAUGCAGGUGUUCACCAGUGCUGGGUGCUGGUAGUCAUGCCCUUGGGUACCCACUGUUCAUUUGCCCGUACUCCUAGGAAACCAAUCCCAGAAGCAUUUGAAUUACAAGCAAGAAUUGAAAUGCUUCUGGGGCUAAUUCUACAUUUGUAUGAGUAAGUACCCCAGGGAUAUCCCGUCCAAUCUGCCUGCCCUUUUCCUAGUGGAUACCCCAUGUAAUCCGACCAUGGUAUGCAUCACCACCCUAAUGAUCAGUUUGCCUGUUUAAGGCUUAUUUUCACACGCUAUUUUGUUUUUUUUUUGGUUGUUUUUUUUUGUAGGUGGAGAAAAAGAAUUUUAAGUUUUUACGAAGAGCCCAUUGGAAUACCUGCCAAGAACUCAAAGCAAGGCUGGCCGAACUUCCUCCAUCGUACUCCCUGAGGGUCGAUCUUUCCGGAGUGAACUUCAGCAGGCUGCGGCCAUAUUUUUAUCUUUUAGUUCAUAAGGUACAUUGAUAUUUUAGUUUUUUUUUUUUUUCUGUCAACUUGUGAGAAUUUAUUUGCCAAUAAACGUAAUAAGGUUUUUACGGUUAUUUUUCUGCGGUUAUUUUCCCACCAUGGUGCGGCCAACAUUGUACAAAAUGAGAACGUGUGUCAGUGACCAUUAUCCUCUUCAUUAUCCUCCUUUGUCUGGUGUAGCACAAAGAAGCCGGGUAAUUUUGCCAAGAAAAGAAGUUUAUGUACUGAGAAACUGAUCAAGAUAAAUUAUGAACAGAAGACCAUGGUAGCCUAAAGAAACUCGGCUGUCUGGUAUUUAUUAGAGACCUUUAGUAAUGGUUAGUGAGCAUAAGGUGAGGGCAGCAUGCAGAAUAUGAUCCUUAGUAUUGGACAUUACUGGAAACUGAAAACCCCUUUGAGCUUUUGAGAGUUUUUGCCCAAACAAUGGAAAUUGUACAAGUCUUAAAGUCUUAAAUUGAGUGAGGUAGUUAUGGGUGAAUUAAGUCGUAAUCGUCCCUUGCAACCAAGAAAACUAACACACGAAAAUGUGGUGAGGUUGAAAAUGAGUUUGGCAAGAGUAAAGCCAUGUUUAUCCGUCUAACACUCUUUCUUUGCAGUGCUUCCACGCCCAAGGAACAACAAACCAUCACUGGAAGCCUUCCCCGUUUUCUUGUUUAGUUGCUGAAACGUUAAUUGCCUUGUUCGUCACUGGCAACACAUCACCUGCAGAGGCGGAGAAAAGGAUCCAGGACUGGUGCGCAAGGCCAGUCAGGGUUAGUAACAUUCAGUACCUUGUUUAUAUAAUCAAUAGUUCAGACCAAGAAAAAUAUAUAAUGGGAGAGAGAGGUAAACGCUCAGUCUAAUCCCUUGGGACAUGUGAAUUUCACCAAAGUUUUUUGGACCAAUUAAACGCUUGAAAUCAAUCGGAAGUUGGUUUCCGGAGAGGUCCGCAAACUUUUUUCCCGCGUUGUCAAGAGAGAAAAAUGGGGCAUUAUGCUAUGCUGAAUCGAUGACAUUUCAAAUAAUCUAUUUGAUUGUUAAUUGUACGGACGUCCUAGGACGUGGACAACCUCUAAAUAUAACUUAAAUGAAUUUCGCAUAUCCCGGCCAACGGUCUAAGAUUCCUAUCUGUCUUAUUAUUUUUCUCUUGCUCAUUUUGCGAUCGAGAGAGGGCUUAACCUCCUUCAGUAUAAAUAACCGUACUAACUAUUGUAGCGGAAAAAAGUAAAAUGAAGCUUUCCGGGGUUUCUUUUUUUUUUUUUUGAGAACACGCGCAAAAACUUUAAGUAAAAUCUCGUACUUGUACUCGUUGUCAUCCUCAAAUCUACAGCUCUCUAUUUUCAAACCGCCUAAAAAAACCAUGACAAAACUAACGGUUUUCAAAAUAGUCAUCAUCUAACUAAGGCCCUGUUCACACUAGCCUGCGAAUACAGCCGUCUCUUUCCACCCGCCUCGCCCGGCACUCAGGACGUUUUGCGGGAGAUAGACUCUCCACUGCGAAACGUCGUUGGUGGCUAGGAGCGAGGAGAGACAGCUGUAUUCGCAUUCGUGUCCACACGAAUCCAGGUAUUUUUGAAACCGCAUUACGCACCAAUCGGCCGCUUUUUACGCAAAGCCAGUGAUUCCACCCAACAAAAACCGUUUUUUAGAAUUGUAUUUUUCUUUUCCUUUUUUUUUUUAAACCGGCGAAUUUGACGAUUGAAACCGUAUAUUUCCGAAUGGAGUAUCACCAUCAGCCAACCCGGAUUCGUGUGGACGAGGCCUAACAAACCUGAGGCCAAAGAUAAGGCGGGCUCAUUUUACGCCCAUCUCUCCGCGAUUGCUUCUGUUUUAAAGCUACUACAGCUAAACGAGAAGAAAAGAAUCAUAAAAAGGAUUUGAGGUCACACCUGGGAGUCGAAGUCGGGACCUCUUCACUUGCAUUCGCCACUUUAGAAACGAUAACGGAACUACAGCCGAAGUGUGUCCUGUGUUUCUGCGAACCUUACUGGGGCCGCGCUGGUCAGCGAUUGGCCAAUUUUUUCACGCCUCUAGUAACAAUCCCAGAAGUCUUUGCGAAGGUUAACUCGGCCCAGUUUCCCCCUCGUUUCCAGGGACUUAACGAUCCGACGACGCGAUGGCAGCGAACACGUCGCUUAAAAAGUGNAGGUCACACCUGGGAGUCGAAGUCGGGACCUCUUCACUUGCAUUCGCCACUUUAGAAACGAUAACGGAACUACAGCCGAAGUGUGUCCUGUGUUUCUGCGAACCUUACUGGGGCCGCGCUGGUCAGCGAUUGGCCAAUUUUUUCACGCCUCUAGUAACAAUCCCAGAAGUCUUUGCGAAGGUUAACUCGGCCCAGUUUCCCCCUCGUUUCCAGGGACUUAACGAUCCGACGACGCGAUGGCAGCGAACACGUCGCUUAAAAAGUGAAUUCACGUUCUUCCAGUUUUUAUCUCGAUUAUUCCUACCCAUUUACUGUAUCAAAAGUAGGCAGAUUCCCCUGUAGUUGAAUUCCUAGGAUCCCUAUUCGACCUAUUCAAGUUAAAAAAAUGAAAUAGAAUUUCGUGGUCGCUUGUUUACGUCUUCUAUAAAAUAUAAAAUUAGGCAAUUUUACGUCCUAGUCGGGCAAAAACGGCAAAGAAAUGUACAAAAACCUGUGAUGCACGUACAAAGUUGCUGUUUUGCUUUCUAAACCCAUUGUUUUUGUUGUUGUUGUUGUUGUUUUGUUUUGUUUUUUUGACGUUCUCGUCACCAUCGUGUCGUCGGAUCGUAAAGUCCCUUCCAAAGUGGCGAAUAGAAGGCCGCGCACUGACCAACUGUGCCAAUCCUUACCCCUGUUGAAUAAAACCUUAUGUGCCGCAAGUAUGACGUUUAGUCCUUCCUUAUCACCUCUGUGUUCGUUCCUAGGUGCGUCAGUGUGUUUCACACUUGUGGAGCAUUAUUGUGAAGUCUUCAAUGUCACCUACCGGAGUUGCACAGGAAGUACUGAACUGUGAGCAGCAAGUGUUUUCUAAGAAACCGUAAGUUUCUAAGCACCUAUUUUUCGCAUUUGCUGUGAAAACCUAACACUCCCCAUCCUUCUAUGCCUUUCUGAACUUUCGAAUGCGGUAUGGAAGGUGAAUAACUAAACAGCGGAAACUAGUUAUUGCUUUCAAUUGUACACCCUGAAAGGUCGGGCUCCUGGGGUAGGGCUGUUACAUGCUUAAAUUCUGGCUCAACCUUUUAUACACCAGCAUUGCUGAAAAAAAUGGGAAGUGCAGCACCUCACUUUUAUUAUGGCAUAGUUAUGACUGGGAUUAAAAACAAUAGAGAGAAGUGUGACGUCACGUUACCAUGGUAGCCAAAUUUCUGGAUCUCAACAAUCUAUCUUGACAGAGAAGGCCAUUUGCAUUGUCAAACGAUUAAAGAAAAGUAUGGGCAACUGUUUUGUUCUUGACUGUAAUCAUGUACAGGAAAGUCAUACAUGACAGAGUCACAGCCUGGGCUGUUAAGCAGAUACGAGCAUUAGCCUGAAGCCUUAAAACCGAUCUUGAGUCAGGUUUCCUUAAGAUCAACCCGCUUCGCUGAGCUCGGGGCUUCAGAAACCGCUCUGUGCUUUAUUUUCGUCCUUGGUCCGAAUACUAUUUAUCCACCAGGCUUCCCUUGUUUUCGAUAUUUCCAUUUGUAAGUUUGCUGUGGAUUUUCACUGUUGUUUUAAUUGACUGGAAUCAUGAUUGUUUUUUCUCCUGCAGAUGGGCCUUGGACUACGCCUAUGCUUGUAAGUUAUCAGGACCUUUAGUAAAGGGAGAUAUAAGACACUUUGCUCACAAACAUACUGCUAGGAUCAUCCAAUCGGUCAAACAAGGAAUUCAAGCUGGUAAGAGAACAUCACUUUUACAAUCGAAAAGAACAAAUUCAACACCUUCUACACGCGAUGGAAAUGUUAAUUUAAGGAAAAACGGCAGGAAAGGCAAGGCGGUUUCUAAAACGCCGGGUGAUGGAGCGGAAACAGCGAAGGGCGCAACGGGGAAGCGAAAGAAAAGAAAACGACCUCAGCAUCUGUCGCUGCUUGACGAACAAGGAAAAAGAGAUUUGUUCAAGCGGUGUAGGACAAUUCUUGAUGACAACUGAGACAAGUUGAAACUACAACGAUGAUACUAGUGAUCAAUAACAAAC